AUCAAAUAGUGAGAAGAAAAUAGCCGGUGGUCCGGUUCUGUGGUUUGAGUUAGAAAUCGGAACCGUUUUCUAGGGUUUAUACACUCUUCAAUAACCCUCUUCCCUUAAAUUUAAUUUCAAUUUCCCCCAUUUUGAUAUGGCUUUGAGGCAAAUCCUAACAUGGAGUAAACAAUUGCCUUCAUUCUCAGCCCAAUCGAGUUCUGUUUCUAGGGUUGCGAAUUUCUCCUCAAAACCCAAUCCGUACAUUGUGAAAGUAGGGAUACCGGAGUUUUUAAAUGGAGUGGGGAGAGGAUUGGAGAAUCACGUGGUGAAGCUUGAAUCGGAGAUCGGAGAUCUGCCGAAGCUUCUCGUUACUCGAACAAUCAAGCUCAAGCGACUCGGAAUCCCCUGCAAAGAUAGAAAGCUGAUACUGAAAUACGCACACAAGUACAGGCUUGGAUUGUGGAGGCCUAGAGCGCAGCCCGUCAAAUCUUGAUGAGUCAUCAUCUCAGGCCAAUUUCGAUUACUGACGAAGCAUUUGAUUGCCCUCUAUGACUACGUUUUUGUCGUCAAAAUUGUCUUUUAUAUUCGGAGUCAUUUAUUAUUAUUAAUCAAUAUCCCAGACUUUUGAACUUGUUAAACAUCGUUUUAGCCAUCAAAUUUUGUGCCUAAUUUAGCGAAAGAAGGCCGAUGGGCUCCAAUUAUUAACGGUUCCGUACAAUCACAACCUUUUUUUUUUGCUUCUUAAUUCUAUUGUUUACUGUUGCUCAUCUAUUUAGGUGAUGUUUGCAAAAGCUUUUACAAAUAGAUUAUGAGUUUUUUUUUGCUUG